AUGAGUGACGGCGUGGAUGAAAAGUUACGAAGAAUUGAGAAGGAAGUUGAUAAGAUGUGCUUGCAAAGGAAGUUGAGCAUAGAAGCAGAAUAUCUCAAGAGAAUAAAGUGCAGAAAGACUCUGAGAUGCUAUGUAAAGGUUGAAGUGAACAACGGCAUGUUUAUACGGAUGGACAGCAGGGUAAUUAAUGACUAUAAGAGCGGAGGAGAAAUGAAAUUUUCAGAUGUAGUGAAGAGAUUCUGUGUUGUAUUGAACAACAACAUUCGCUCCACAUCUGAGCUGUAUACUGAGCAAUUUGAAACUGAUGGUAUAAACGAAGAUAUACAGCAUGAUGUAAAACAUGAUACAAGUCAUGUCAGCAAAAAUAUGGAUGUAAAUGAUUUUUUUGAAUGGGCAAAAGGUAAAGAAGACAUAGAGGCAUUUGAAGUGAGUACGAAGAAAGAGCCAGAAAGCAUAAGAUUGAUUUUUGAACUUGAGAAUCCAAGAGACAUCUGGAGACUUUCGCCAAAGUUGAGUAAAUUACUGAUGAGAUACACAGAUACCAAGCCAAAUGUAAUCACACAUCUGUGGAGAUAUGUUAACAAGAAUGGAUUAAUGAAAACUGGAUCUGACUUAGUUAAGUGUGAUGGAUCACUUAAAGAGAUCUUAGGCGUAGACGAAUUUGUGUUGACUGAACUCACAGAUAUGAUUGUGCCGCACCUUCUUCCCCUUGAUUUCUUGACUGUGAAUGUUCCUGUACAACAUGGAUACACCAAUAUAUUCGACAUUCCAUUUGAAUGGGACGAUUUGUAUCAACAUCCAGUGUUGUACUCAAAGAGGAUACAUGCAGUUGAUAGGAAGAUUGAAUCUCUCAGACAGAUUCUGAAGAAAUGUGAAGAGCGAGAAAAGGUUUUGAAUGAGUUUGCAAAAGAUCCUGUGCAUUUCAUUAACAAAUGGCUAUGCAUCCAGAUGAAUGAGCAGUGCCACAGAACCUUGUUUUUCCGCAAUGAGGAGGUACAGAAAGGAAUAUUUGAGCUAUUAAAGAGGUUGGAAUAA